AUGUCGUCCUCGCAGGCUCCAGAGGACCAGCAGGGCGGCGGCGAUCCCCCCGGGGACCUCCGCAGCGUCCUGGUUACCAGCGUGCUCAACCUCGAGCCGCUAGACGAGGAUCUGUUCAGAGGAAGGCAUUACUGGGUACCCACAACCCAGCGGCUGUUUGGGGGUCAGAUCGUGGGCCAGGCCUUGGUGGCUGCAGCCAAGUCUGUGAGUGAAGACGUCCAUGUGCACUCUUUGCAUUGCUACUUUGUACGGACAGGGGACCCAAAGGUGCCGGUACUGUACCAGGUGGAGCGGACGCGAACAGGGACGAGCUUCUCUGUGCGCUCCGUGAAGGCCGUGCAGCAUGGCAAGCCCAUCUUUAUCUGCCAGGCCUCCUUCCAGCAGGCACAGCCCAGCCCCCUGCAGCACCAGUUCUCCAUGCCCGCUGUGCCCCCACCGGAAGAGCUGCUUGACCAUGAGGCCCUCAUUGACCAGUAUUUAAGGGACCCCAAUCUCCAAGAGAUAUACCGGGUGGGACUGAACCGAAUUGCUGCCAAGGAGGUGCCCAUUGAGAUCAAGCUGGUAAACCCACCAAUCCUGAGCCAGCUGCAGAGCAAGGAGCCCAAACAGAUGUUCUGGGUGCGAGCCCGGGGCCAUAUUGGGGAGGGCGACAUGAAGAUGCAUUGCUGUGUGGCUGCCUACAUCUCGGACUAUGCCUUCCUGGGCACAGCACUGCUGCCCCACCAGUGGCAGUGUAACGUGAACUUCAUGGUCUCUUUGGACCACUCCAUGUGGUUCCACAACCCCUUCCGAGCUGACCACUGGAUGCUCUAUGAAUGCGAGAGCCCCUGGGCUGGUGGCUCCCGGGGGCUGGUCCAAGGGCGGCUGUGGCGUCGGGACGGCAUCCUGGCUGUGUCCUGUGCUCAAGAGGGCGUGAUCCGAGUGAAGUCCCGGGUCUCAGAGAGCAAGCUGUAGCCAGAGGUACCAGCUUGGCCUGGGGCUUCUCCCCCAAUUCCUGAGGCAGGAAUUACAGUCAAGGGCUGGGCCUUCUGUCCCCAAACCCAAUAAAGAGACUAAUACCACUGGA